AUGCGGCCACCACUGCAGGCGCAGGCGCUUCCGCUGUCGUCGCGCGUCUUAUCCCCGCGCGCGCCGACACAGGUCGUCGACGACAUGUCCGCGCGCUCGACGUGCGCGCCAUCCCCCGCCGUCGCCCUCCGCGCGUCGAAACGCGCGUCGUCGUCGUCGUCCACCCGCCGCGCCGCCGUCGUCCCUCGCGCGGUCGUCCCUCGCGCCGCGUCGCCGUCCGCGGAGGCGUCGGCGCCGAUGGCAAAGGACUCCGCCGCGACGAUCGCGCCGUUCGAGUUCGCGACCGCCGCGAGGAUCGUCUUCGGCGUCGGCACCGUCGCGAGGGUCCCCGCGCUCGUGACCGAGCUCACGACGCUGGAGGGAUGCGCGGACGAGCCCGUGCUCGUCGUCGCGGGCGCGUCCGAUCGCUUCUCCGCGCCGCUGACGAAAGCGCUCUCGGAGGCGUCCAUCGCGUCGCACGUCUACCACUGCGAAGGCGGCGAGCCGACGACCGCGACCGCGGAGGCGGCGAUCGCGCUCGCGACGAAGCGCGGAUGCGGCGCGGUCGUCGCGAUCGGAGGCGGCACCCCCGUGGACGUGGGCAAGUGCGUCGCCGCGGUCCUCACGAACGGCGGAUCCGAUCCGGACCUGUACGACUUCCUCGAAGUCGUCGGCCGCGCGCGACCGCUGACUCGACGCGCGGCGCCGUUCAUCGCGGUCCCGACCACCGCGGGGCCGGGCGCGGAGGUCACGAAGAACAGCGUCUUAGAGGCGGGCGACAGGAAAGUCUCCAUGCGGCACGCGUUCAUGCUUCCGGACGUCUGCGUGAUCGACCCCGAGCUCACGCGAUCGAUGCCCGCGAGCGUCACCGCGCACACGGGGCUCGACGCGCUCACGCAGUGCGUCGAGCCGUACGUCAGCAACGCGUCGAACCCGCUCACGGACGCGGUCGCCAUCUCCGGGAUUAAAGCCGGCGCGCGGUCGCUUCUGCGCGCGUUCGAGUGCCCCGACGACGUCGCCGCGCGGGAGGACAUGUGCCUGUGCUCUCUGUACGGCGGGCUCUCGCUCGCCAACGCGAAGCUCGGCGCCGUGCACGGAUUCAGCGGGACGUUAGGCGGGCUCCUUCACGCGCCGCACGGGGCGAUAUGUGCCGCGCUGCUGCCGCACUGCUGCGCGAUCAACGUCGCGGCGCUGCGCGGGCGCGUCGCGGAGACGGACCCGGCGGCGUCUUCCGCGUAUUUGCGGCGGUACGAAGACGUCGCGCGCGUCGUCACGGGUCGCGACGACGCGACGGCGGACGACGGCGUCGCGUGGAUGACGGCGCUCGUGGCUCGCGUCGGGGUUCCGGGGUUGGGGACGUUCGGGCUGAAGGAGAGCGACUUCGACGACGUCGUGCGGAAGAGUAAGGAGAGCUCGAGCAUGAAGGGGAACCCGGUGGCGUUGUCGGGCGAGGAGCUCAAGGCGAUGUUGCGCGCGGCGUUGUAACAAGCAAAAAAAGUUUCCGGGUC